GGCGGCUAUGGAGGAGUGGGUGUACUACUCCCUCUCCAUCACCUUGUGCCUCACCCUGUCCCUUGUGUUCUCAUCCCUGCGCAAAUGCAAGGCGGCGGGCUCUUCGUUCCUCCCGCCUGGGCCGACCUCGCUCACAGCUUUUGGCCCGCUGCUGUUGCUCGCCUGGACAAGCGUGAACAUCGAGUCGGUAGUCCGCGUGGCACGCUCAUGGUACGGCCCCGUCUUCACGCUCUACCUCCUCCCAUCCUUCCCCGUCGUGUUCGUCGCCGACAGGGCCGUGGCGCACCGCGUCCUCGUGCAGCUCGGCUCCGCCUUCGCCAACCGGCCUCCGGCCAACCUGGCCACCCGCAUCUUCUCUAGUGAUCAGCACAACAUCACGUCUGCAGCGUACGGCCCGUUGUGGCGCGCGCUCCGGCAAAACCUCACCGGCCGGGCGCUCCACCCGUCGAGCAUCCCGCGGUACGCCGCCGCCCGGGGCCGCGCCGCCUCGGGCAUCGUCGACGGCAUCGCACGACAGAUGCGAAGCGGCAAAGGGGUCGUCGUCAUCGAGGGGCUCCUGCACGACGCUGUCUUCCACGUGAUUGCCUGCAUGUGCUUCGGCCAGGGGCUCGACGAUGCCUCCAUCGCGGCAGUCACGUCGCUGCAGAGGCAGUUUCUCAAGGAGGUGGUGGGGUUCCAGGUGUUCGGGUCAAGCCCCAAGGUGAGCAGGCUCCUCUUCUGGCGACGGUACCAGAGGAUGCUGUCCAUGCGCCGGCGGCAGGAGGAGGUGUUCAUCCCGCUGAUACGAGCGUGCCGUGCGCGGCGCAACGCCUCCGGCAAGAGCUUUGAAAUGGAUUGCUACGUCGACUCGCUCAUCAGCCUCCGCAUCCCGGAGCAAGAUGGCAGCAGCAGGCACCUGACGGACGGCGAGAUCGUCGCCUUGUGCACCGAACUCUUGUCCGGGCCCGUCGACUCUACGGUAAACAUGUUGCAGUGGGCCAUGGCGAACCUCGUCACACGGCCGGACAUCCAGGCGAAGCUCCGGGCCGAAAUAAACAACGUCGCCGACGGCCAGGUCCGGGAGGAGGAGCACCUGCCGUACCUCCGGGCGGUGGUCCUGGAAUCGCUGAGGCGGCACCCACCGGCACGCUUCAUCCUGCCACACGCGGCUGCCGGUGAGAACGGCACGGUGCUAGACGGCUUCACCGUGCCCAAAGAGGUGUCAGUGAACUUCACGCUGGGCGACAUGGCCAUGGACAAAAAGGUGUGGCCGGACCCCACACAGUUCCGGCCGGAGCGGUUCCUGCCCGGCGGCGAGGGGGAGAACCUGGACCUCACGGGGAGCAAGGAGAUCAAAAUGAUGCCGUUCGGCGCCGGCCGCCGGAUGUGCCCUGGCAUCGAUGUUUCGCUACUGCACGUCAACCUCCUUGUGGCCACCAUGGUGAGGGCGUUCCAGUGGAGCGAGGUGCCCGGCGAGCCGGUGGACUUCACUGAGACGCUGGAGCUCACCAUAGUCAUGAAGCGCCCACUCCGUGCCAAGGUCGUGCCAUGCCAUGCUACUAGCUAGCAGCAGCUCUCAAUCGCCGUCCAUCAUGCAUUGUCCCGUCGGAGUAACUACAUAAAAUAUACAUAUGCUGCCAGCUAGGCAGCUUGAUCUAUUAGCUCUCGAUCUAGAGUUUAAUAACUUCAAGACAUAAAUAUUUGUAUCCAAAUAAAAUGUUAUGUGUACCACUAUAUUUGUUUGGGCCGUCCCUA